AAGCGAACGAGAGGAGAAAGUGGAAGCUAGAGAGUGUCAGUAAAAGAAGGCAGUCUCACUGCACAGGGAAAAAAAGCGCUCAACAAACAGCUCUCAUUGUGCCGGUUAUAUUCUGAACACGGACAGCUGGUGCAUUUGAGCCGGAGGAAGAGUUUUCAUUGAAGAGGAGAGGAGAGAAGAGAGGAUCUGUCUGUGUGGAGAGAUGGACUCAGAUUCUGGAGAUCAGAGUGAAGGAGAGCUCUCUCCAGGCCAAGAGAGUUUCAACUCCAAGAGUUUAGCCCUUCAGGCCCAAAAGAAGAUCUUAAGUAAAAUGGCCACCAUGGCCGUGGCGAACCUCCUCACGGACGACACCAGCAGCGAGAUUCUGGACGAACUCUACAAGGCCAGUCGCGAGUACACCAAGAGCAAAAAGGAAGCCCACAAGAUAAUCAAAGACGUCAUCAAGAUCGCAUUAAAGAUCGGCAUUCUCUACAGGAAUCAUCAGUUCAACCCCGACGAGAUGGAGACCGUGGAGCGCUUCAAAAAAAAGAUGAACCAGGCGGCCAUGACGGUGGUGAGCUUUCACGAGGUGGAGUACACGUUUGACCGUGGCAUUCUUUCCGAGUUGCUGAUGGAGUGUAGAGACCAUCUUCACGAGCUGGUGGAGCACCACUUGACGGCACGCUCCCACGGCCGAAUCGACCACGUUUUCAACCACUUUGCAGAUGUGGAUUUCCUCACUGAGCUGUAUGGCCCAUCUGAAGAGUACAGACUCAACCUGAGGAAGAUCUGUGACGGGAUAAACAAACUCCUGGAUGAGGGUGUACUUUAACCGAGCGUCCAGUUCACGGUUCCUCAGGCUUUUGGGAUUUGAUCUGAGGGCUUUUAUCAAACUUUUGUGUGUUUUUUUAUUUUGUGGGAAAGAUCGGUUGUCAUGAUAACUUGAUCAUGUGAUUGUAACCCAACCUGUAGGCAUGGGCACCCAGACACAAAUUAAAAUCCCAUCCCGGUCUGUAUUGCCACAUACUGGGUUAUUGUCUGAGGAAAAUCCCUUAAGGUGUCCUGUUAACCUGCCCCUUUGUGAGCAACUACGGGAACGUUUUAAAUUACAUGCACUGUAUGAAAAUCGCCUACCUGUCCUUUAAGAGUGGCCUAGCAAUGCAGGCUUAGCUUUCUUCUACAAGAAAGUUAAUCUAUUUAAAAGGUAAUAUCUUAAAAGCUUUGACAGCUUAUCAGACAAAUGGCACAGACCUUUGUUGAACAGAGCGCAAGCCAAAAUAAAUACAGACAUGACGUGCAGGCGAAAGAUUGUGAAUAAAUUUUGGGGUUUUGGUCUUCUGUCUUUAGCCUUUGUAUUGACUCAGCUAUCCCAUCAUCCUGUGCUUGGACUUUUCAGAUCCUGAUCCGUAUCUGUGCAUGUGAACAUGUGUACGUGCAGGAGAGAAAUGUGACUAUUUCAUGAGUCUGUUCGGUAACCCCAGAGUGUAGCACUAUUAUCUGUCAUUAAACAUUCCCUAUGAACUCCA